AUGAAUUUUGACGGGGCCUGUGAUGUGAAAAAUGGAGUAUAUGGACUGGGUGUGGUGUUCAGGGAUCAUCAAGGGUUGUUAAAAGGGGCCUUAGCUGUUCCACAGGUGGGCAAUAUUCCUCCCAGGUCAGUAGAAGCCUUAGCACUAUUACAUGGACUCCGCUUUGCGAUCCACGUUGGAUUCUCAAACCUGGAGGUUGAAGGUGAUGCUCUUUCAGUCAUCAACACUCUACAUGAUAGUUCUGAUGAUCUAAGUUUUGAAGGUCAUAUUAUUGAUGAAGUUAAGUCUUUAGUUAAGUCUUUUCACAUUCGUAGUUGCCAUUUUGUGAAGCGGGAAGGCAACAAGGUUGCCCAUCGGCUUGCAAAAGAGGCGUUAAAAGUUAGUCAACCUUUGCUUUGUUUGGAGUCGGGGCCUUCUUGGCUCCAUCAGUCUGUCAGUAUGGAUUUCCAUUGCGAAGUCUAA